AUGUGUGAUCGGAUACGUCUCGAUAGGUUGGAACAGUUGCCAAAAACCUUGACAGACCUUCGGUUGAAUAAUGUGGAGUGGAAAGAUUGGCCUCAUUCCGUUUUUAAUGAAUCCAACUUGAAAAGUUUAUCGAUUACAAAUUCAGCGUUAACUGAUGUAGAAGCUAAGUUCUUGGCAAGCCUUGAGACUUUGACGGAUCUUGAUCUCUCCUCUAACGAGAUUUCGGAAAUUCCUUCCAACUAUGAUAAGCUAUCUCGUCUUCGAUUGGCAGAUAACCCAUUGAGAGAUUUCAAACCAUCUGAUAUUUCAAAACUUGAGCAUCUCAGCAUUCUUAGCUUGAGCGGGAAUCUAACAAGAUUCAAGUGUGACUGCGAAACUCCGACAAGCUUGCAAUUGUGGUUACGUGAAUCACGAAACCGUCAGAAGAUUGAGGAUAUUGAUGAUCUGUAUUGCCAUUUGCCAUCUUUCGGCACGGUACCAAUAAUAGAAACGUUGCCUGGGAAAGAUUCUUUGUGCGUUGAUGAGAACGAAGACACGAAGGAAUGGGUAAAUUUCGUGAAAAAUACACAGAAGAAGCCGACCAAAAUGCGACCAAACAACGUUGAUGAAUCUGAUCUUUUAGCUAAAAUGGAUGAAAAUAAUACUGAAAAGAAUGUUAAGAAAGGAACCAUGAUGGAAGGGGAUGAAGAUGAAGAUGAAGAAGCAGAGGAAGAAGCAGAAGAAGAUGCAGACGAACAAGAAGAAGAAGAAGAAGAAGACAGCGAAUUAUCAAAGAUGAAUUCUGAAACAACAAUCAUGAAAGUUCUGACAACAAGCACAAUCAAGAUUACAACAGUGUCGACAACAGAGAAAGCAACAACAACUUCAAAAGAGAUGCAGCCAACAGUUAGUACGAGUACAACUACCACAAGAAGUUGGAAAAAAUAUUCUCGGGAAGAGAGUGAUGAAAAUAAAUUUAUCAAUGCGUUGAUCGUUGUUCUUGUGAUUGCUGUAGUUGUUUUGGUCUUUGCCAUUGCAGCCACUCUAUACUAUAGACUAGAAGCUGUAGAAGAGGAAAUGGAACGUGAAGGUCCCGAACAGAGACCUCUAACUGAAUAG